AUGUCCGCGCUGCCGAGGAGCUUCCGGCACAUACAAGUGCUUGCGAAGCAGCAUGCGAAUACCAUCACUCUCGGACAGCUCAUGAGGAGCACACGCUCGGACACUGUCUCGCUGAUCCGCCAGGGCCAGUGGCUACGUGGCCAGCUGCCGAUCCGGUUUGCACGGCGCCUGGAUGAAUUCCUGCAGCUCCCGUACGUGGUGGUGCACAACAAACACAUCAAGCAGGUCUUGGAUAUCUACGUCGAGACUUUCGAGAGCGUGUCGGAUUUCCCAAGCAUACUGACGGAGAAAGACGAGGCAGAGUUUGCUCACCUCGUUCGAGCGCAACUCGAGAAGCAUCAGGCAGUCGCCAGGCUGAUCGCUGAAGGCUACCGAGAGGUUCGUAUGGCAUAUCCCCACUUCCGUUUGGACACUUUCCUGGAUCGACUUUUCAUCACAAGGAUCUCUGUGCGCAUCUUGAUGGAAAACUACAUCCGAAUGCGCUCUCCACAAGAAGGCUUCAUAGGUGUGGUGCAGAAAGAGAUGUCGCCUCACAGAAUCAUCCAGGAGCUGAGCAACGAGAUCACACGUCUUACGGAGGCCAUCUACGGUGUGGCGCCGGAGAUCGAGUUCCGGGGAAACGUGUCAUGCACACUGGACUACAUCCCGCGGCACGUGCAGUUUAUGUGCCAGGAGCUUCUAAAGAAUGCCGUCCGCGCCACAACGGAGCGUCACAAGCCCCGAGAUCGCCGGAGCGUCGGCUUUGCCUCGGAGCCAGCAAUGCCCAAAGUGGUGGUUGAGCUGCAGAAAGGCGACGUCCACGUCAUCAUCAAGAUUAGCGACCAGGGAGGCGGAGUGCCGAAGAGAGUCCAGGAUGAGGCCUGGCAGUAUGGUUGGACCACUGCAGACAACGAUCACGAGGACGAGGAGGACCCAUAUUCUGGUUGCACCUGGCGCAAAGAGCUUGCCGGCUAUGGUUUCGGUUUGCCGCUUACAAGGCUUCAUGCCCAGUAUUUCGGCGGCGACGUCUUCAUGCAGGCCUUGCCGGGACAUGGCACAGACAUGUACCUGCUGCUGAACCACUUGAAGGAGGGCAGUCCUUCCACGGAGGAAGAUGAUCCAUCGACGGCCUUGACCGUGACGGAAAACCAGUCGGUGAAUGCGCCAUGA